AUGGCCCAAGAACAAAACCCUUCACUGCUCUUGGAUGCUUUGUAUUGUGAAGAAGAACAUUGGGAGGAAGUGAGAGAGAACGGUUUUGAGGAAGAAGAAGAAGAAGAGAGCUAUUACAGUGACUGUAUAAGCCCCAAAUCUCCAUUGUUGCAAGAAUAUGACUUGUUGUGGGAAGAGGAAGAGUUGUCUUCUUUGUUCUCAAAAGAACAGCAAAACCCUCUAUAUAAUAGCUUUGAAACCGACCCAUCAUUGGCUGAGGCUCGCCGGGAGGCGGUGGAGUGGAUGCUCGAAGUGGUUUCUCACUACUCGUUCACUGCUCUCACUGCAGUACUUGCGGUGAACUACCUUGAUAGAUUUCUCUUCAGCAUCAAGUUGCAGAGAGAGAAGCCAUGGAUGACCCAACUCGCUGCUGUGGCCUGUCUCUCUCUUGCUGCCAAAGUUGAAGAGACCCAAGUGCCCCUCCUAUUGGACCUCCAAGUGGAGGAGACUAAGUAUAUAUUUGAGGCAAAAACAAUUCAGAGAAUGGAGAUAUUAGUACUGUCCUCUCUUCAAUGGAAGAUGAACCCUGUUACCCCACUUGCAUUUCUUGACUAUAUUACUAGGAGGCUAGGCUUAAAGAACCACCUCUGUUGGGAAUUCCUUAAGAGAUGCGAGUGUCUCCUUCUCUCUGUCAUUUCAGAUUGUAGAGUAAUGUGUUAUCUUCCUUCUGUAAUGGCCACUGCCACAAUGCUGCAUGUUAUCAAUGGUGUAGAGCCCUGUAUUGGACUAGAGUUCCAAGAUCAACUAUUGGGCAUUCUUGGCAUUGAGAAGGUCAAAGUGGAUGAUUGCUUUAAGCUAAUCCAGGAGUGGGCCUCAAGAGUCCGUUAUUGCUUAUCCAACAAACGCAAGUUUAGGUUAUUGCCAGGCAGCCCCAAAGGGGUCAUGGACAUGUCUUUCAGUUCGGACAGCUCAAACGAAUCAUGGGCAGUGGCAGCAUCGGUUUCUUCCUCACCAGAGCCCUUGUCCAAGAAGAGCCGAGCUCUUGACCAGCAUAACAAUGCAGCAGCAGAUAUUCUCAGCAUUCAUCGCUAGGCCUCCAGUAUCUCUCUUAUUUCCUGAUGGACUAGUCCUAUAUAUGUACAAUAAACAGUAGAUGUUCUUUUAUUUACAAUGUUAAAUUGCCUACCAUCUUUACAUUUCUAUCCGUACCUGAUUCAUAGAGUCGCACACAAAUAUUGUGGUGUUAUCUCUAUGAGUAAUGGGCAUGGAGAUUUGGACUUUGGAGGUAGAGAUGGUUGGCAUUUUAUCCGGAAGAAAGCAGAGAACAUAAACAUAGCAACCAAGUGUAAUUUUAUCUCUCUAUUUAUAUCUGUAAACCCCUUCUUACUUGUAUGGACUUGCUAUUGCUGUUAAUACAGCUUAUUUUUAGGACCAUAUGGACAUAGAUUUUGCUUUUAAAAAACUAGUCAGGAGGGUUAGUUUGUUUUCAUGUGGAGGGAUGAAAAUAUUGUCGGCCUCUGGUGUUUUUG